AUGUUGGCUUUUUUGUUAGUUAUUGUGAUAUUGGUGAUAUAUUAUAUCCUCAGCACAGUCAAGCCGAAAAGAUAUCCGCCAGGUCCAAAAUGGUAUCCAGUUUUCGGUAGCUUUGGCGUCAUAAACAGAAGGAUGGACACAUAUGGCUCUCAAUGGAAGGUUCUCUCAGAGAUGUCGAAAGAAUUCUCGACAAACGUCCUCGGUUUGAAGCUCGGUAAUAAAUUGGUUGUAGCAGUCUACGGAGAGAAGAACAUACGCCAAGUUAUAACAGAAAAGGAAUUUGACGGUCGACCUGACAGCUUCUUUUUGAGGCUAAGGUCUUUUGGAAAACGAGUCGGGAUAACAUUCGUGGAUGGUCCUCUCUGGCGAGAGCAUAGACCUUUUGCAUUGAAACACUUGCGGCUAGGUGGCUUUGGAAAGCAAUCAAUGGAGCAAGACAUUCAUGGACAACUGAGCAAUUUAUUGAACAUUCUGGACCAAAGCAAUGGCAAUGCAAUCAGUAUUAGAACUCCCAUAGCGAUGGCACUAAUAAACAUCGUGUGGAAAUAUGUAGCAGGUGAAGACAUAAAAGAGAAUAAAUUGAGACAAUUCUUGAACUAUACGAGUGCCAGGUCGAAAGCAUUCACGCUGGCUGGCGGAUAUUUAGACCAGUGGCCUUGGCUGCGAUUUAUCUUCCCAAACUGGACAGGUUAUAACAUAAUAAAGAAUAUGAACAAGGCGAUGUUAGAUAUAAUCCAGGAUACUAUCAGGAGACACAAAAACAAUAGUGUGGAAGGAAAUGACUAUAUACACUCAUUCUUAAAGGAAAUGUACAACAAUAAAGAUACGUACUCAGAGGCUCAACUAGUAGGCGUUUGUCUUGACAUCCUGAUCGCGGCAUCUAACACUGGGAGCAGUGUUUUGGAUUUUGCCUUCAUUCUACUCCUACGUCAUCCAGACGUGCAGGCGAAAGUAUGUGAGGAGAUCAGUCGGAUUUUAGGCGAUGAUACACCAACUUGGACUGAUAGUGGCAGACUCAUCUAUACAAGUGCCUUCCUUGCCGAAGUUCAUAGAGGCUGUACUAUAGCACCGUUCCUCGGAGGAAGGAGAGCACUGACCGACGUUGAAAUGGAUGGAUACUUAAUACCAAUGGGAACAACUGUCCUCGUGUCUACAGGAGACUUGCAUAAAGAUCCGAAUUUCUGGGACGAGCCGGACAAGUUCAAGCCAGAAAGGUUUAUUGACGAAAACGGGACACUGAGGAUCACUUCCAAUUUUCAUCCAUUUGGCUUAGGUCGCAGACGCUGUCCUGGCGAACCCUUAGCCAAAUCAUUUGUGUUUAUAAUUCUUGUGGGGAUCCUCCAGAAGUACAACAUCGUAUGCAACGGGAAACCACCUUCUGCGGAACCAGUAAUAGGCCUACUGGCGGAACCGAUCCACUUUACUGCGCAAUUCGUGAGGAGACUUUAAGGAAUGAUCCAACGCAUCGACCCGGCAAUAACUCAAGUCAAAUUUAUUUCAAUUCAAAUUCAAAACUUUAUGUUCAUGUAGACUUAGGCGUAAUGAAGCGUUGAUACAUAUACCUACAUAACCAUGCUUAUGAGUUGGUGGUGAUAACUUAAUUCGUUAAUUUCAAUCUAAAGCUAGGAGGGUUUCAAUUCGCGCCCUGUUCUAUGAGGAACCCAAACAAACCUAGCCGGGCUUGUUGUUUUGAUCAUCUCACAGUCAAUUAAUAUUUUUAGCUACGAAGAAAUACAAGCUUUUUUAUCAUUUCAGUACUCCUUACGUUUUAUAUAAACUUACAACUUAAAGAGAAACAUCUCAAAGAUCUCAUA